AUGAAAGUAAAUCAUAUAGACCAAGCUGAAAUUAAUGAUAUUAAUAACUCUGAUGUGAGUUUAGAAGCAUAUAAUAAUUCUGUUAUCAUUCCUUUGGGCUAUUUUAUAGUUGAUGUUAAGGUUAAGAAUUAUUGUAAAAAAUUAAAACUGUAUGUUAUUGAAAAUGGUGGUCCUCCUAUAAUUGGAAGAGAUUGGCUUGGGGAGUUUGACAUUUUUUCUUCUAAAAUUGACAUUAAUUCAGUAGCAAACGAAGAUAUUAGUAAGUUAUUUCCUUCAGUAUUUAAGGAUACCUUGGGUUGUUUUAAACACAAGCAAUUUGAAUUGUAUUUAAAAGAUGAUGUUGUUCCUAUUUUUUGUAAGCCAAGAGUUUUACCUUUUUCUCUUAAAGACAAAGUGAGUGAGGAAUUAGAUAGGUUGGUCAAGGAAGAUAUAUUUGUGGCAGUUGAAACGUCUGAGUGGGGAACUCCAGUUGUGCCAGUUAUUAAAUCAGAUGGGUCGAUCAGGCUAUGUGGUGAUUAUAAGGUGACACUUAAUAAAUUUUUAAAAGUGGAUAGAUAUCCAAUUCCAAGAGUAAAUGAUUUAAUUAGUAUAUUUCAAGGAGCUAGAUUAUUCUGUACCUUAGAUUUAUCUCAAGCUUACCAACAGUUACCGUUAAGUACUAAUAGUCAAAAACUCACUACCAUUUCUACGCUUAAGGGAUUAUUUAUGUAUAAGAGAUUACCUUAUGGAGUAGCUUCUGCUCCUGGGAUUUUACAAAGGGAAAUGGAAAGUAUGUUAAGUGGUAUAGAAGGAGUUGGUUGUUUUUUUGAUGAUAUUGUUGUUUCAGGUAUUGACAAGCCGGAGGUAAAUGAUAGGUUACAUAAGGUUUUGAGGAAAUUAGAUUUUGCUGGAUUAACAGUACGCAAAGAGAAAUGUGAAUACUAUAAGACUAAAAUUACUUUUUUAGGUUAUUCUAUUGAUGAGAAAGGACUUCAUAUUCCUACGGAUAGAAUCAAAGCAAUUUCAGAUGUACCUACUCCAAAGAAUGUUCAUGAAUUGAAAGCUUUUUUGGGACUUGUUCUUAUCCAUUAUAAUACAGAUUUUGAAUUGAUAUUAGCUUGUGAUGCUAGCCCAGUGGGUGUGGGAGCUGUGUUGUCACAUCGGUUACCCGAUGGUAAAGAUAAACCAAUUGCUUUUACUUCAAGAACUUUAUCAAAAAGUGAACAAGGAUAUUCACAAAUUGAUAAAGAGGCUCCUGCCUUAGUAUAUGGUGUUAAAUAUUUCCAUCAAUUUUUGUUUGGUAGGAAAUUUAUAUUAAGAACUGAUCAUAAGCCAUUAAUUAGCAUUUUUGGUGAGGGAAAAGGGAUUCCUACAAUGGCUGCUCAUAGGUUACAGAGGUACGCUAUAUUUCUGUCAGGAUAUUCUUUUACAAUACAAUUUAUCAAAGGAGUAGAUAAUGGAAAUGCUGAUGCGUUGUCUCGGUUACCAUUAAGUAUAUCGGAUAAAAUUAAUUUUGAAGAAUAUAUUUGCGAAGAAAUUAAAAGAGAUUUGGUUCUUAAAGAGGUUUUUUUUAAAGUUUUCACUGGAAAAUGGCCAGAUAAUAUUAAAAAUAUUUCUGAUGAGUUGAAACCUUAUUAUUAUAGAAAGAAUGAGUUAGCAAUUGAACAAGGUUGUCUUAUGUGGGGUCAUAGGUUAGUGAUACCAACAAAGUUCAGGAAAGAAUUGUUACAAGAAUUACAUAGUACCCAUUUAGGGAUAGUAAAAAUGAAAUCUCUUGCUAGAUCUUAUGUGUGGUGGCCUAAAAUUGAUGAUGAUAUUGAAAAAAUAACAAAAGAAUGUGAAAAAUGUUUAGCAAACAGUGAUAGUCCGCCUAGAUCAAUUUUACAUAGUUGGCCUUGGCCAGAGGGUCCUGCCCAACGUAUACAUUUAGAUUUUAUGGGUCCAGUUAAUGUAUUGAAAGAAUAUUUUUCAUUGUGGGGCAUUCCUGCGAAACUAGUCACAGAUAAUGGUCGAUCUUUAUGUUCUGCAGACUUUGAAUUAUUUCUAAAAAAUAAUGGAGUUUAUCAUAUUAAGACGUCACCUUACAAUCCAUCAUCUAAUGGUGCUGCUGAAAAUUUAGUUCUUACAUAUUUAGUAAAUAUGAAUGGGGUAGGUGUGUGGAAACGCCACAUAAAUCAAAUCGUUGAGAGAGUAGAGUCUCAGGAUAGAGUGUUAAUAGUACCUACUCAAGGAAAAGAAAUUACUGAUGUAUGUAGUAGUGACUCUGUUGGGGGAAAGGUUAAGGACUUACAAAAUGGUGAAGAGUUAGUUAGGGAAAAAGAGUUGGAGCCAACCAGUAUUAUUAGACGUAGUGCCAGAAAAAUGGAUGGUAGCAUCAAUGAUACACUAUUGUAA